AUGGAUAAAGUUUCUCCAAUUGCAGAAAGAACAUCUCUCAACAUUAAAAUGGCUAUUCUCAAGAUCGCUGCUCAGUUUUUUGGAGACCUUUUUGAAGUGUUUGCAUCAGAAAGAAAAUCUGGUUUGAAGAACAUUCUGUACCUGGUCUCACUUUGUCUUCUGUUAGGCAUGGGAUCUAGUGGAAUUGUCUACAUUUGCUUGCAAAAACUACAGUGUAAUCUCUCAGUGGCUCUGGCAGUGUGUGGAACCUUUACUGUGGUCAUUCCUGGAGCUCUGUUUCUUUCCAAGCAUCUCAGAUGCUUCACCCUGAUAUUCCUUAUUUCAUGUGGAACCAAGCAAGGCCGCAAUGCCCUGAUAACAGUUGGUACAAGUAUUGUGGUCUUUCACUGUGCCCAAAAUAGCUUUGACAAUUUAAUGAAAUUAGUAGAGAACUUAGAUUGCUACUUGGUAGGAAUGCUACCAUCUAUCAGAGAUCUUUUGUCAAAAUACAUUGAAGUACUCAAAUGGAUUAGCAACUAUAAAAUAUCAGGAAACCCUUUCAUACGGAUUGUAGAUGAGUUUAAGGUUUAUCACAAAGUUGAUGACGAUGAUAUAAAAAUAAAACUCAAUGCAACCAGAAUGAACAUGGAGAUCCUGGCUAAUAAUACAAUGUCAAAAUUUGGCACAUUUACCACAGUUUGUAAAAAUGCAAUGACCGUCAUGGGUGUCCUGCUGAUUCUAUUAUUCACUUGGUUCUACAUCAGGAGAUUUUUAACCAACGUCAAGUUUGAAAACAUAUUUGUCACAAAUCAAUUACUGCAAUUUGAUGAAAAGCAGAAAGAAGUGGGAAAACCACAUUUGCUCCCACUAACUAAAAAAGAGAAGAAAUGCUUCAUAAGAAUCCCAGCACUAAGUUUAUCAGAAAUGGAAUGGAAAAGCAUGGCAGGAUUCUUGGUUCCUAUCUUGAGAAAUCUGUGCAUUUGGACAAUACUCAUAAUGCUGGAUUAUGGAAUAUAUUUACUUACAGAUUCAAUAAGGCAUCACAUAGACCACCUGCCGACAAUAAACAUUACAAUGAAUGUGAAAUUUUCUGAAGAGAACACAAAAUUAAAUAUAAUCAAAACCAAGAAGGAGUACGAAGAAACCUUCUCAUCUUAUGUUCAUUUGUCUAAAGAUGCCUGCAUCCUUCAAUCAACGCUAUCAAUAGACGCGAUAUGGAGCCCACUCCUCAUACUAUUAGUCAUCUUAUUAUUACUCACUUUACUUUCUGCAAAACUUACAACAUUGAAAAUUAUAGUUUUAUCAUCAUUUUAUAAGGAGACUGAGGAGAAACGUAUACAAUUUUUGCAUGAAAAAAUAUUACAGAAAAGACGCUGGGCCAAUUUAUUCAAUAUAGAGGAGGUACUGAAUCCUGCAACUAAUGUGAUUUCCUUCUGGUUUCCCAUCUUUAAAAUGAAGCAAAACAAAAAGGAACUACAGAACCAGAAAGAUAAGAUAAUCCGUUUCCAGAAGUUUGGUGAAUUCCAUAUUGAGCUUUGA